AUAUCAUUUCUUUGAGAGAAAUGUCGUCUUCUGUUUUAAAACCUUAUCACCUUACAUCAUGUGUAAGGAACGCCUCAUCUAACAUGAGUCGUAGUUUUUCCUCACGCACAAUACCUUCAUUCCUUAAUUCUCCGAGUGUCUUAAAACAGACUAAGAGAACCACUUUAUCACAGCGAAAUAAGUUUAUUUCUUCAACACUUCAACAAGGUAUUGGCGAUUCUAGCACGAGGUCUGCUGCCGACAAGUCUAAAAGCAUUAGAUCGUUAGUAGGAAGUGAUAGAGUUUAUCAACGGCCAUCAAAUGUCGAUAUUCCAAAAAUGCGUCCCAAUAUGACUGUAGUUCGAAAUUUACCUACAGCAACUGCUUGGGUUAAUGAAAUUGUUACAUCACCAGCCUUGACCAAUGGGGAACAACAUUUACCAGAAGAUGAAAGACAAAGAGUAAAUGAAAUUAAAAAUGCAAAACUCAUAUUUAAUCAGGCUUGGAAAAAUAUUGAGGACGCGUACGGUCGAGAAAAUCUUUGUCUUCCAAGAGAGAUUAUUUGGUUAAUGGGUGCGCCUGGAAGCGGCAAAGGAACGCAUACAGAUUUGAUUUUAAAAGCACGUGGUAUUACCAAUCCUGCGAUCAGCAUGUCGUCUCUUUUAAUAACGCCAGAUUGUCAAGAGUUAAUAAAUAAGGGCAAAAUGAUUAGCGAUGGAAAGGUUCUUGAGAAUUUGUUACGUGCACUUCUUGAUUGUGAUCCGACAGUGGGUUGUCUUGUGGAUGGGUUCCCUCGUACAGAAAUUCAGGUGGAAUGUCUGAAACUUCUUUAUGAUAAGAUGCAUGAAUUGCGUCGAGAAUUUUGGGGGACUCUAUUACAAGAUAAAUUCCCUCGUCCAACUUUUCGUAUUUGUGUGUUAUACGUUGACGAAGAAGUUUCUGUCGCUCGCCAAUUGCAGCGAGGACGACAAAUCAGAGAACAUAAUGCCACAGUUCGACGAACGGGACAGGGAGAGUUUAUAGAAGAGCGAGUUACGGAUUAUGAUGAAUUGCUGAUCAGAGCACGUUAUCAAAUAUUCAGAGAACAUUUUGGAGCUUUGAUGAGGCUUGUAAAACUUUUCCCUUUCCAUCUUAUUAAUGCCGUUGGAUCGAUUGAAGAAGUUAUGCGAUUGAUUCUAAAAGAAUUUGAGUACCAAAGCUCUCUCGAACUUGAUCAAAAGACCUACGAUUCAAUUGCACAUAUCCCAAUCGCAACAAAAAUCGGUGUUCAUGCUCGACAAGAUUUAAUUAGUCGACUUGAACAUUACCAAGAUAGUGAGCCAGAACUUUUUAUGAAAGCAAUCGAGUUCGUGGACAAUAAUGUUGUCCCAAUGGUUCAACGCCACGCUAUCAGCGGACAAGCUCUUAUUCGAACGACUUCUCACCAACUUGAAAACCAACAUCUUGUUGACAUGAUCAUGGACGUUCUUUCAGAACGAGGAUACCACGUAAUGUUUGAUGACCGAGUUCGAGAAACUCCCGUUAGGAUUAAUCCUGAUACAUGGGAAAUUAUUCUUGAAAAGUAG